CCUUACUGUCAACCGCCUAUAAGAAGUAAGGUCAGCUCUGGAGACGACUUCAGCUCAAUCUGUUUUUAGUGCCAGACUCAGAUUUUUGUUCCUCUCCCAAUUGGAUAUACUGGCCCUGUGAGGUCUGCUGAUAACUCAGAUAAACAUGGCAUUAUUGAAGCCUGCAGUGGGAUUCUUGCUACUACUUGUAGUACUCAGCUGCUCUGCCGUAGAAGAAAAGGCUGAAAGCCAUGUAAAUGAGCAGCCAGUAAAGACUGAAGAAAAUAAAAAAGAAACAGUAGAGGUACAAAAAUCCACUGAAAAAGUGCCCGAAACCACUGUUGCUCCGAAGACUGAACAUCACUCAGAAGAUGUAAAACCUGAAGUUGAAAUUCAUGAAGUACAUCCAUCAGAACAACCAACCCAUUCAGAGCAUCCACAUGCAGCUGAUACCUCAGUUGGACGUCAGUUCCAUCCAAUGUACCAACCUAUGUUCCCUCAGCCAUCUGGUUUCAAUAUGAUCCGACGCCAGUUUGGAGGUGGCAUGGAAUUGCUUGGAGAUAUUGUUGUCAUGGGUAUGAUUGGUUUACCAAUUUUAGGACUUCUUACUGUAGGAUCUUCAUCAAUUGCCAAUUUCUUGGGCUUUGGAUCCAGCGGUUCUUCAAAAUCAUCAUCAAAACGAACCAGAAGAAGCUUGAAAGAGAAGGCUGCUGGUGCUGUUGAAUAUGCCAAGACAUUAUGGGAUGUGAUGGAACAACUUGAAAAGGCUUUUGAGCGAUAUGAUCUGUAUCAAGCUGAAUGCCGACUUCGAGCAGUCUGUGAAGCUCAUCAGAAAGUACCAAGGAUGGGAGCAUGGGGACAGACUAUUCUUAACCUCAUGAGGAAGCAAAAAGAGCUUGAAAGCAGAGAAAUCCUUCCUGUGUCCCGAUUCUUGUUUUCCAAUUAUGCAGAGGCCUCUCAAGCUGGUUCCAGAGGAGAAGACUGUACUCAGUUAUAUACAGGAUGCCCUCAUCACUUAUCGUAUUACAUAAGUGCUAAAGAAGAUGAAGUUGAAAACGAAGUUGAAAUUGGAAUGUGAAACCGCUUUUUUCAAUGAAAUAUCAAGUUAUUUGAAUAGCAUUGUUCCUUUAUCAUGUUAUUUAUUCAUCAUUUCCCGCAUUUUCGAUUCCUUGAAUGGCAUUUCUUAAUCAACCACCGUCCUCUUAUAUGUUUUUGUGUAAAAUUCUUUUGAAAUGGUUUUUUUUUUCAAUAAAUAUUGUUAUUAGUA